AUUGAAGGUUUCUCAUUAAACAAAUUAACUAAUUUCCAUCUUAAAGAAGUUGAGAAUGAUGUUGUGAUUUGGGAACAUAACCCUGUUGACAAUGCUGAUUUGCCACAAGAAACUUCCCCUACAAGGGACAAGGUUCCCUUAGUAUUUGAUUCAGUACAGAAAUGUUCAGCACCUGUAGGGCAACUUUGGGUAGAACUGCUUCGUUUCUAUGCCUUGGAGUUCAAUAUGGCUGAUUUGGUUAUUAGCAUACGACUGAAAGAAAUAGUGUCGCGUGAAUUGAAGGACUGGCCUAAAAAGCGCAUAGCUGUGGAAGACCCAUAUUCGGUCAAAAGGAAUGUUGCAAGAACUCUGAACAGCCAGCUAAUGUACGAAUACAUUCUUCACUGCUUGAGAGCAACUUACAAGUAUUUUGCUUUACCUCACAAAAAACCUGUGAAAUUGAGAAAAAAGUCCCUUCCAAAUGCCAACGAGGAGGAGUCUGUAAAGCUGGACAAUGGAAGUGACAGUGUAAAGCCUGACAAUUCUGAGUUGCAAAAUGUCAGUGGUAUAAUUAACACUGCAGUAGUGGAAGGUUACGUAAUUGAAACUACAGAUAUUCCUCAGGUACAUGGAACUUUUCCUUCAAAGGUGUGUGAUGGCUCAGAGAGCGUGACAGAAGAAGAACUGGCUGAUGAUACAAGUCAUUUGGGAAUUGUUCAAGAAGAUUCAGACUGCAUAGUUGAAGAGGUUAUUUCUGGAGAUAAUGAGGGCUUUAAACCAAGUUGUGAAGAGAUGGAGAGUGGAAAUGAGGAGGAGGAGGAAGAAGAAGAAGAACAAGAGCAAGAAACAAGAUGGAAUAAUAUCUUGUCUACUGAUCAGGGAAUAGAUGAAGACAGUGAUGGUGGAGAUCUCCCUGUAACAAUGACAGAUCAUGAUAUAGAGACAUGCAGUACUUCAGACUUGGAAGGUUUUCAAAUAACAGCAUUUACAGAGAGUGAUGAGUUUGGCUUGGAGUGCACGGGCAUAAUGGAUAACAAGAUCGAUGCUGAUGAGGAGAGUACUGAAGGUACUGAUGAACUCGAGGAAUCCCCCCAGAAGUUCAUACAUUCAACAAAGAAUCAACUGGCUGAAGUGAUUAACUCAGAGGAGGAGGAAGAGGAGGAAGAAUUGAGUCUUCUAAACCAGGCAGCAUGUGGUGGUAUCCUAACAACCAAAGGUGAACUAGACAAUAUAUACCCUGGAUCUGGAGAUGAGAAUGCCCUGUCGGAGGAAGAUGAUGAUUUGUCCAUCAUUAAUAAAUAUGAAGAAAACCGUUUCAAAGACAACAUUCACGGAUCUCUGAGGAUCAGUUUCAGUCAAGAGGAUCUUACUGAGAAGGGAGAUCUUUGUGAAGAGAAUGCAGUGGUAGAAAAGUGUUUAGAAUCUGAACUCUUUUAUGAAUUUAGUAAACAAGCUUUUACAAAAGGCAAGUCUCCUACAGUAGUGUGUAGCUUGUGCAAACGGGAAGGUCACUUAAAACGAGAUUGUCCAGAAGACUUCAAGAAAAUUGAGCUGGACCCACUGCCACCUCUGACACCCAAGUUUUCAGUUAUUCUAGAUCAAGUUUGUGUCCAGUGUUACCAGGAUUUUGCUCCAAAUAUUAUAGAGGAUCAGGCUCGGGAACAUAUAAGACAAAACCUGGAAAACUUCAUUAGACUGGAAUUCCCAGGAACAAAGCUGAAUUUGUUUGGCUCCUCAAAAAAUGGCUUUGGUUUCAAACAAAGUGAUCUUGAUAUCUGUAUGACGAUGGAUGGGUUGGAAACUGCUGAGGGACUUGAUUGUAUCAAAAUUAUUGAAGAUUUAGCAAAAGUUCUCAAGAAACAGUCAGGUCUACGAAAUGUCUUGCCUAUAACAACUGCUAAAGUCCCAAUUGUCAAAUUUUUCCAUGUCAGAAGUGGUCUUGAAGUAGACAUCAGUUUAUAUAACACUCUGGCCUUGCAUAAUACAAGACUUCUUUCAUCAUAUGCAGCCAUUGAUCCUCGAGUGAAAUAUCUGUGCUAUACGAUGAAAGUUUUUACAAAGAUGUGCGACAUUGGAGAUGCAUCUCGUGGUAGCCUUUCUUCUUAUGCGUAUACUCUUAUGGUGCUUUAUUUUCUUCAACAGAGAAAUCCACCUGUCAUCCCUGUUCUUCAAGAGAUCUACAAAGAACCAAAAAAGCCUGAAAUUUUAGUUGAUGGUUGGAACGUUUAUUUCUUUGAUAAGAUAGAAGAGUUGCCAGUUGUUUGGCCUGACUUUGGCAAAAACACUGAAUCUGUAGGGCAACUGUGGCUGGGACUUCUUCGUUUUUACACUGAAGACUUUGAUUUUAAAGAGCAUGUCAUCUGCAUUAGGAGAAAGAACCUGCUUACAACUUUCAAGAAGCAGUGGACAUCCAAAUACAUUGUUAUUGAAGACCCCUUCGAUUUGAACCACAAUCUUGGAGCUGGAUUAUCAAGAAAAAUGACAAACUUUAUAAUGAAAGCUUUUAUAAACGGCAGAAGAGUAUUUGGUACUCCUGUAAAAAUAUUUCCUAAGGAAUAUCCAUCAAAAAUGGAGUACUUCUUUGAUCCAGAGGUACUGACAGAAGGAGAAUUGGCACCAAAUGAUAGAUGCUGCAGAAUUUGUGGUAAAAUUGGCCAUUUCAUGAAAGAUUGUCCUAUGAGAAGAAAACUGAGGCGACGACGUGAUUAUGAAGAUAGUAAAAACCAGAGGUACACAGAAAACAAAGAGAAAAGCAAAGAGGACAAAGAAAUACAGAACAGAACAACAGAAAAAGAAAGCUCUGUCAAGGAGGGGAAAUUGCAUCUAUUUACACCUCAGAAGAGCAAAGUAGCAAGGGGAAUAGUGGAAACUGGAAAAGAACGGUCUCCCAGGCAAUCAGCAGAGAAGUGGAAGCGACAAGAAGACAGAGAGUUAAAAGAAAAGCGUUGUUUUAUCUGUGGAAGAGAAGGUCACAUUAAAAAGGAAUGCCCACAGUAUAAGGUAGCUGCAGGAGGUUCAAAACCAGAAAUGUUGUGUGGAUCCCCUUUACCUCCAACUGCCAAACAUGCUGGUCGAUUAAAUCAGGGAAUGGUUACACAUGAAGAAAAAAAGAAACAAAAAGGAAAAGUACUUUUGAGUCCCCAGACAGGCAGCCUUUCCAAUAGAUAUAUGACUCAGGGAAAAGCCUCACAGAAGAGGACCCAGCAAGAAUCAUGAGGGAUAUGAAGCACUGUUAAAUUGCAAUACAGUUGCAAUUUACUUCAUUCUUAUACUUAAAAACUUACUUUGGCUAAAGCAUCUGGAUUCACAGGACAGCAGCAUAAAUAAUCUUCAACUUAAAACACCCAUGUUUCUUUAACCUUACUUUAGAUUGCUAAUAAAGGAUUUUAAUAUGGUGUCAUACCAUAGACCCCUUGCUCCUAAAUAGAUUGUCUGAGCAUUUUAAUAGAAAGCCAUGAUGUUUUGUAUUUGUUUACUAGGUAAAUCAUAUAGAUAAAUGCAGGUACUGAAAAUGGACCAAGGUUUUGUCAUUCAGCCUGAGCAUUUUAAAAUGCACUAAAAUUGUUGCAGGCCAAAUAAAUGUAUUUUCUUCAAAAUAUGAUUUUUUUGAAGGAGCAAAUAUUAUUUAUAUAUGUUGAUUGUUAAUGAAUAUUUGUGUAAAAGUGUUUGAAAUGCUUGUAGACUGUGCUUGCAAACAGGUUUUUGUGGUGUUUUUAUUUUCCCCGUGUAGAGGACUGAAAACACAGUCACUAGUAAACAUAUGUUAAAGCUGUCUCUGCAGUAAAGCAGUACCAGUGAGAUUUUUAGUUUUUUGCCCCUUUGAUUUUAUGAAAUUUAAUUUGCUGCUGUGCUUGUGUAUAAGGAAGGAGAAGAGAGGGAAAAAAAAAGAAAAAAAAAAAAAAGAAAAAAGAAAAAGAGACAACUAAGAAACAGGUCAGUCCUGUUUGAUGCUGCUAAGAAUCUUUUUCAUUAUCUUGGGGAUACAGACAUAACUGCUUUAUGGAAUAGAGAAAUGAUAUAUGGCAUCUGGGGAAAACACAUGUGCAUUUUCAUAAAAUGUGAAUGGGAUCCUUGGACCAGCCAAGAAUUUAAGUAGGUUUAUCAACUUGAGCUUUACUUGAAGUCCUUCCAGAGCUGGUAGUGUACUCUGUCUUGUUCAGGAAAUAAUUACAUGGUAAAAUUGAAACCACUGUUAUUUAUGACUUUGAAAUAAAUAAAUAAAAUCAAAAUCCAGAA